AUGUUUGGCAUCUUCUUCGACGUGCAGGAAGGGAAAGGAGGGAGCAUGCUAUCCUCCUAUCCUCCUCUCCACCUAUCCUCCUCUCCACCUCUCCUCCUCUCCUCUCCUCUCCUCCUCUCCUCCUCUCCUCCUCUCCUCCUCUCCUCCUCUCCUCCUCUCCUCCUCUCCUCCUCUCCUCCUCUCCUCCUCUCCUCCUCUCCUCCUCUCCUCCUCUCCUCCUGCUCCGUCUUCAUCCUUCCCCACCCUAACUCUCCACUCUCCACUCCCCACACCCAAAUUAGCCCCUUUCAUUUACCACAAUUCAGAAAGAGGCAGGACAAGCUGGUACUAGGAUCGCGUAAAUAG